AUGCGCCGGCGCCUGUUCCUGCAGCUUUGGACCCUGCUUCGCUUCUGCGCGCGCGCGCCAAGCUUGGUCGCCAGAUCCCGGUUGCGCGGCGAUGCGCUCUGUUCAAUGCAACUUCCGGCAUGUUCCCAACUUCUACCGGCGGGCCUUCGGGCGGACGCACCCUUGCCGGCGUUGUGGGAGCUGUCUUCUGAAGCCAUCGACAUCCAGCCACUGUCGUGCAUCGACGAAUGGGGUCAACUCUUUGAGCUGUCUGGCGGCGUCUACCGCCUGCGCUCUGAAGACGAGCUGGCGGCUCUGGAGCGGGAGGGCGACAUGCGGGAUACCGCUGCAGCGAAGGCGCGGUCCCUUGUUGAUGAACUCGUCGAAAGCAUGGCGCAGCACACGCCAUCUGCCGGGACAGAGCUCAUGCCCCUACAGCGAGCUGCAUCCCCCAUGCUGCUUCCUAGGUUGAAGGUCGAUGAGUACAGCUGCUAUGCAACUGGCAAGGCGUCCCGAUUCACGUGUGACCAUCCAGCUCUGGCACGCACCGACCGUCCCCCUGGCACAACUUACCGCCCGAACCUUCUUCCCGUGGGCGAUGUGUACUUCAGCUAUCAGGAACCUAUUUCAGCUCUGGUCCGUGAACCAGCUUUAGGCUCUACAAGAGGUUAUCAUGAGGGAGGCAUUGACCUCAUUUGCCCCCAACGAUGA